AUGUCAUCUUCGAGUCUCCCGAAGCACCAUAGGCCAUCGAGACACCCGGCCACUUCUCCUGAUUCGACUGCCCAAAACGUUGCUGCUAGACACAGGCCAGGCUACGCACGCGUAGCAUCCGUCUCAUUUACUGAAGACAUCAUCGCCCGCGACAUAACAGAUUCCAUGACGGAGGAGGCUCCAAUACCCGGGAAUCAUGGACUGGGCAUCGCAAUGUCUCCUGGAGCGGAGCCAGACCGUAUUAGUACGCAAUCCAUCUUGCCUUCUCCAACCACACCAACCCGGAUUKGCAUUGGCAUUGGCAUUGGAGGGCAGGGUUCCACGAUUUCAACCCCUUAUACAGGAAKCAUGUCUGGGAGUACACAAUUCGACGAGUCUUUUGGCAAUCUGGAUACCUCUUAUGCGGCAUCCAAAACGAUGAAAAAGGAGUCCAGAACCUCGUUGCAAUCCACGAUUCCGCCUUCCACGUACGCACGAUCGGAUGCUGGCUUACUUUCGAUACGCUCUCGCUACGACGACUUCGAGCCACAUCACCAUUGCCAAAGCACAAAAGGUGUGAAGCGACCACGAUUCAGCAGUUGGGUACCAGUCACCAUCCUCAUCCUGGCCGUUUUUUCUAGCAGUUUCUCGGGCAUAUUUCUGGGAAUUGCUUUGCACAGAAGCAGUCUACCACCAGGAGGACGUCUGAAGCCUCCGAUGGCUGCUUYCCUCACGUCAAUGUUCGCCAAAUUGAUCGAACUGUCCUUCGUCACAGUCGUUGUCGCUUUUGUUGGGCAGGCUCUGGCACGAAGGGCUUUCAAACUUGAAAAUGCGCGUGGCGUUACGCUCGCGGAGAUGUCAAUGAGAAAUUGGAUUAUUGCCCCGGGGAGUAUGCUCACCAACUAUGAAAGUGUGCGGUACGCUGCGAUCUCCGUGCUGGGAUUGAUCUCUCUCCUGGCGACGCUUGCUGCGAUUCUCUACACAUCCGCUGCCACAGCACUUGUUCAGCCACAGCUGAAGUUCUCUCCGUGGAAGUCUGAGACCCUCGGAGGGCUGGUCAAGAGCCAGUGGGCGAAUCCGUUAUAUAUAUCCAGCGGCUGCAAAACACCAAUAACACCCGCAUAUGACAGCGACGACGACGACAAGGCACGAGCAACGGCUUGUAGUGAGAUCGAGCAUGCUGCAAUGGCAUAUCACAACUACCGCACCUGGCUUGGGACUUGGAGCGACAUAGUACACAACGGCUCUGGCAGUUCAGAUAUCAACUUGCGACCGAUGGGCUAUGCGCUUCACCAAGACAACACUACCAUUAUGGCGCCAUGGAUCAACAAGCAAAACAUAACGACACACAAUGGCACACGCUGGGUGAAUGAGGUUACGAUGGCGAUGCCCCAUGUCGGCGUCAUACAAGCAGCAAUGGAUCCAAUCAAUAAGUUGAUACAACCCGAUGACUUGGAUGGUGCUCAGAUAAAUAUCCGCGCGUCUGUACCGUCCCCGAUCGUCAAUGUGAUCUGUCUGACGUUGAACCGGCUGGAUCUGAAGCCUUUUGUUUACGGUCUCUGGGAUGGACAGGCAGAUGGCUGGAAUUACACUACUGGUGCAGGCUGGCCAAGAAACUAUGGGUAUGCGGACCMGUACCUCAAUGGGACCGAAUUCGACGAUAUAUUCCAAUGGGGACCCGACAAGGGUGUCAGUCGAUUUCCGCCAGUGUUCCCAAAACUUCCUGCCGACUACAACACCCUAGUCAACGAUACUACUGGUGUCGGAACCUGGGGACGCAGAACAAUCUACAUCCUUGGGAAAGGCGGUYCGCUGGAUUACAGUAGUAGCCCUACGACCGCAGAUGGCGGCAACAACUACGCGCUGUGUCAACUACAAGCAGGACUUUCCUCGAAUUGCUCGACACACUAUAACGCAUCUAGCAACGGAGCCACGAUGGAAGCGAUGUGUGAGAAUGAUGCAGAUCCGCUCCAGUACUGGAAGAGUUCCAGCACAAGCUGGAUAGGCAACAACACGUUCAAUCCAGACUGGGCUAAUAUUGCCGGAAGCUGGGCGAAAAGCCUUUCACUGAGUGCUGGUCUGACCGACGGCAAUGCAUCCAAUGCUCGAGUGCUCACGCAGAUGAUCGCCACGAAGGAGGAGUACAACGUUGCCCUACCGUCCAUGGCCGAAGCGCUGGCCGUUCUAUCCGGUUGCACGUUGAUCCAGUCAAUCACCGACACGCCAUUCGUGGCGCAGCCGUGGAACUACACYCUCCCUAUCAUCGGAACCGGCCAAUAUCAGUACUUUAACGCCUCCGUCCGUGCACAGAAGUACAUAUCUGGAGGCAACCGGGACUAUCAGAUGGCCUUCCACCUCGUGUUGUUCGCUGUGUUCCUCAUGAACUUCAUGAUUCUGGCAUAUUUUCUUGUACACAAGGAGUGGUACACGGACUUCAGCGAGCCAAUGAACCUCUUCUCGUUGGCAGUCAAUAGCCCUCCAAGCGACAAACUGGCGGGAUCUUGUGGAUGUGGUCCCUCAGGAGAGCAGUAUCGUGUGAGCUGGAAGUUAAACAAUGAUGAAGGACAUUUCUACUAUGAGGCUGCUCCGGAUAAUGUGGUUGUGGUGGAUAGUAGUGGGCUGAGAAGAAGGUGGACUAACACUUUUGAGAUGAUGGAGAGUCCAAUGGCUGCUGUGAAGGACAGGUUCAGUCGGUCGUACAAUUGA